AUGACGGAGCACCUGGCCGACGAAGCGGCCGACAGCGUGCCCGCUCUUCCCCCCGCAGAGGACGACGACGACUUUGCCGACGACACCGACGCCAUGAUCCUGUCCGACGACGGCCGAGACCGUGUCUACACGCCCCCUCCGCGCAUCGCCGCUCGCUUCUCCCGCCCACCCAACAACCCUCGCCGCAAGAGCUCCGCAGCCUCGUCCCGCCGCAACUCCAUCUCCUCGACCCACUCGCACCAGAGCAACCUCUCGCUACGCGGGCCCGUCUGCCAGAGCAACCAUGUCGCUCAGCACCUGCGUCGGGCUUCCAUACUCGAGAGCCGCAAGGCUCGCCUGGCCGAUAGGGCCGCCCACGCCGAGCAGGUUAGGCUGCGAGCCGCGCUGGCCAAGUCAUCGCCACGCAUCUCGAACAGCGAAGAGAAGGCUUUAGCCGCGCAGCAGGCUCGCGAAAAGCACCUGGCCCAGGUGGCCGCGGCAUGCGCCGAAGAGGUCCGCCGCGCCAAGAAGGUCGCCGAGGACAUGAAGGAGCGCAAGGCCGCCGAGGAGAAGCGAUACCGCCUGGAGAUGCAGGAGAAGCUGGCCGAGGCGGAGCGGAGGCGCCUGGAAUACAAGCGGAACCUGAGACGGCCGCGCACGGCAAGCUCGCCGACCACCGAGUCCAAGAAGCCUGUCUCGGCUGUUGCUUCGGUGCUGGACGAGGAUACGGCCGCCAGACGCAUACAGAGAACCUGGCGGACAGGGAAGAGACGGCAGAUGAUCGAGUCAUUCUUGGACCUGGGCCUGUCCAUUGACAAGGUGCAGGAGACCAGCUUCGAGGAGAUUAGCAACCUGCUGGCCGACGAGAAGGUGCUCACUCUGACGGCCAGAGUGCUGGACCUCUUCAAGCUGCAGGGCUCCGACGGCUCAAUCGGCAACGACGCCGCUGCCAUCAGAACGUUCCUUAGUGCCUACCUCAUUCUGGGCCACCCGGCUGCCGUCCUGAGCAGCAAGGAUGGUGAUCUGGAGCAGGACCUCAUCAAGAAAGCCAAGGAUCUGGUUAUUUCUUUUGAAUCAACAUUAUCGAAGUUAUGCUUCGAGAACCGAUACACACCCCCGCCGACUCAUCUUGAGACGGUGCUCCUGGCUCAUGGAGCUUUCCUUACGGCCUUUUCGGAUUGGAAGGCCCAAGAUUCUCACACUCUUAUUGAAAUGAUGGUUGCAUCAUUUGUCAACCUUGACGCCAUUUGGCAAAGUGUCAAGGACGACACCCGUGGCGAGGUGGCCAACGACUAUCGUGAAGGUAUCCGCGAUAACCAGGUCAUCCUUCUUAGCAAGAUCCGCAAGCUCGCUGGCCCCGAGCGGGCGAACACACUCAUUAAAAAGGCCAUCAACGAGAGCAGGAGGGCCAAAGCGAGAGACAGGCGCCGUCGCCCCGUGGGUGACGUGCGUCCACGUGCUGCGGAGAGCGACACCGCAUCCGAGACUUCCGAGACGAGCAGUGAGGCGGCGACACAAGCAGCCGAGAAGGCUGCUGGAGGGCGCGAGUUUCUCCAGCAGGAUGAGCAGGCGGAUCUCGAGGGUGCGCAGGCUGAUGCUCUCGCGAAGCUCUUUUCACCGAUGCCGUCGAACAGAGAGCUUGUUCAUGAACUGGCCAUCGACAAGGAGUUCAGGAUCGAUGAAGCUCAGCCCUCGGAGAUACGGGACGCUCUGAACCGCGAGAUCUGCGAGAGCAUGAAGCGCGCGUUCGAGCGUGGCGAGGGCGCCCCGUGGACGACUGCUAUGGCGGAGAACAUUAGGGGCAAGCUGCUGCGGUUGCUGAAGCCCGGAAACUCAAUUUACAGGCUCAUCUCCGAGGCCCUCGACCCGGAGUUUAUUUACCAGCAGGCCACUAACGGCGUUUUCUCCUACGACAAGUUCUAUUCGUUUAUGGCUACGAUCAUGCCGAAGCUCUGCGCGCCGUUCAGAGACCAGCAGGUCAAGGCUCUGACGGAGGAGCUGCAAGAGUCGGGUGAUUUGGACCAGAUGAUUGGGAAGCUAUUCAAGCUUCUUCACAUUAUUGAUUUGCUGUCUCUGGACUACCAAAACUAUCUGCUCCAGACUAUGGCCCCGACACUGCUCAAGGAAGCGCCCGGCUACGAGCAGCGUGCGUUUGCGCAGGAUCUCGAGAGCGGCGCAAUCACUCUCCAGAAGACGAAGAGAUGGUUCAGUAGUGCGUCCGUCAACUGCCUCACCGAAGCAGACCGCCGCGACCCUAUCUACGGCCCACCGACGGCGCAGAAGAUCUACGCGCGCGGGCUUGUCGACCUCGCCAUCGCCGCUCCACCAUUGCAGGAGGCAGAAGUGCCCGAGACGCUGCAUCUCGACCACGCGCGGCUGGCGCGGAUCCGCGAGGAAGCGGUCAAAAUCACAACCGUGGGCGCGAUCCUGCUGACGGCGAAGAACCUGCUACGCCGUGACGUGCGGUCGCAGUGGAAGCCGCAGGCGGCGCGCAUGUGGGCGCUGCUGAAGGAGGGGUACACGAACGCGGACAGCACGCUUCCAGCGAAGAUGCUAUCAAUUCUCGAGAGCAGCCACGCUAUGCCGGCGGCGACGCGGACACAGCUCGCCAAUACGACGACGCGGCUGUUGCUGCAGGCGGCAGCGGGGCGGCUGACAGACCCGGUCGUCAAGGUGCUGUUCCAGCGCCUGAAGACGCACGUGCUGAACCGUGUGAGCGCGUGCACGAGCGGAGAGCGCGUCCGCGCCGCCAGCACGGCGAGUGAAGGGCUGGCCACGAGCGGGCUGCCCGAGUUUGUGGGCCAGGUCGGCGAUCUCGUCGAUCAGCUUAUUAGCGUCAGCGAGGCGGACCGCAAGGCCCAUGGCGUGUGGUACGAGCAGAUUGCGAAGGAGGUGGAGCGCGUGGGCGAGGAGGACGAAGCUGCUGCUGCUGCUGCGGCGGCGGCGGAGGCGGCGGCUUCUUCU